UUUAAAUAUUUUAAGUUGGUGCGUUUUAAAUUGCAUACUCCAACUGGUCCUCACUCCUCACCCUUUUUUAUAGAUCUCUCUACUGUAUGUUCUCAGAUUCUGGAAGAACAAUGGGCAGAGUAACACGGUGGUUGAAGGGGCUGUUUGGAACCAGAAAACAAAAAGACUCCGGUGACCGGAAAGACACCAAUAGUUCAUGCGUCGGCCGCUCACGUAGAGACCCCACCAUUUCUCCGCCGGAUAAAUCAAUUUACAACACCCAAUCGGAGGAAGACCAGAAUAAGCAUGCAAUUGCAGUUGCCGCUGCCACUGCCGCCGCUGCUGACGCCGCCGUUGCUGCCGCCCAAGCUGCCGUGGCGGUCGUUAAGCUCACUAGUCAGGGCUUCUUGGCCGGCGGUGGACGGGAAGCUUCAGCUGCUAUCAAAAUUCAAUCGUUGUUUCGUGGAUAUUUGUCAAGAAAAGCAUUGAGGGCAUUAAAGGGAUUAGUGAAGCUUCAAGCAUUAGUGAGAGGAUAUAUGGUGAGAAAACAAGCAGCUGCUACACUGCGCAGCAUGGAGGCUUUGGUGAGAGCGCAAUCUAGCGUUUGUGCGCAGAAAUUUCAUGCCAUGAACAGACUUCAAGAUUCAAAAGAGAGGUUUGAUGAGACGAGAAGUGACCACACAUCUAUUCAUAGCAGAAGAUUUUCAGCUUCAUUUGAAUCUUCCUUAAAUGAUGAAAGCCCAAAAAUUGUUGAAAUGGAUCCUGGGUAUGGGAGGCCCAAAUCAAGAUCUAGAAGGGCUAACACAUGGGCUUGGACACCAGGUUAUUCAGAUAACUUGUAUGCCCAAACCGCCUCAUCCCCACAUGGCCAUCAAUCCCCAGUCCGUUUACCCAUACCUAGUUCACAGAGCCAUGAGUUUGAGUGGGCCCCACAUUUGGUGCCCACUCGGUACAGACCGGUCUCUCCAUCUAAGAGUGUAUGCACAGAUGGGUCAUCGAGUAACCGGAGUUACAUGGCUAACACCAAGUCAUUCAAUGCUAAGUUAAGGUCUCAUAGUGCACCGAAACAAAGACCAGAGUUUGGAUUUGGGGUCAAGAAGAAGGUGCCACUUAAUGAAAUGAUGGAGUCAAGAAAUAGUGUAAGUUUUGGGGUGAAAAUGCAAAGAUCAAGCUCACAAGCACAAGAGGCCACUAGUUUCAAGAAUGCUAUUAUGGGUAGGCUUGGUGGGUCCUCGGACAUUCAAUGGUGAGCAUUAAGCAUUUAUGUUGAUGAUAUUUGAGUUUUUUCGAUUGAGAAAUUGUGCAUAAGAUUCAAAAGCUAGAUCACAUGUGAUUUCAAAAUAUGGGUUUUAGAAAUUUAUGAUACUAGUAGUAGUUUAUUGUUGACCUACA